CAUGAAACAAUCUGUUACUGACACGCUUGAAACAGGUGAUCUCCAGAAACAAUCUGUUACUGACAUGCUGGAAACAGGUGAUCUCCAGAAACAAUCUGUUACUGACACCCUGGAAACAGGUGAUCUCAAGGAACAAUCUGUUACUGACACGCUGGAAACAGGUGAUCUCAAGAAAAAAUCUGUUACUGACACCCUGGAAACAGGUGAUCUCAAGAAACAUAAAUCUUGUGGAGGUCAAGCAAAGCAGUCUCAAACGUGUAGUGAGAACGGGAAAACAUUCAUUAAGUCUGGUGAUAUGAAAAAGCACACCUUUUGUCAUAGUGAAGUCAAGCCUCAUAAGUGUGUUGAAUGUGGGAAGACAUUUACACGAUCAGGUAAUCUGCAGUCACACAUGAGAAUUCACAGUGGAAUCAAGCCUUAUCAAUGCAUUGUGUGUGAGAAAACAUUUACACAAUCAGGUCAUCUGAAGACACAUAUGAGGAUUCACAGUGGAAUCAAGCCUUGUCAGUGCAUCGUAUGUGAGAAAACAUUUACAGAAUCAGGUACUCUCCAGAAACACAUGAGACUUCACGGUGGAAUCAAGCCUUAUCAGUGUGUUGAAUGUGGCAAAGCAUUUACACUAUCAAGUGCUCUGAAGUCACACAUGAGGAUUCACAGUGGAAUCAAGCCUGAUCAAUGUGUUGAAUGUGGGAAAGCAUUUAAAAGGUCAAGUGAGCUGCAGACACACAUGCUGAAUCACAGUGGAAUCAAGCCUUAUCAGUGCACCGUGUGUGAGAAAACAUUUACACGAUCAGGUACUCUCAAGUCACACAUGAGGAUUCACACUGGAAUCAAACCUUAUCAGUGUGUUGAAUGUGGGAAAGUAUUUACACAGUCAGGUGGCCUGCAUACACACAUGAGGAUUCACAGUGGAAUCAAGCCUCAUCAAUGUGUUGAAUGUGGGAAAGCAUUUAUAAGGGCAAGUGAGCUGCAGUCACACAUGAGGAUUCACAGUGGAAUCAAGCCUUAUCAGUGCACCGUGUGUGAGAAAACAUUUACACAAUCAGGUCAUCUGCAGAAACACAUGAGGAUUCACACUGGAAUCAAGCCUUAUCAGUGUGUUGAAUGUGGGAAAGUAUUUACACAGUCAAAUGGCCUGCAGUCACACAUGCUCAUUCACACUGGUAUCAAGCCUUAUCAGUGUGUUGAAUGUGGGAAAGCAUUUACACAGUCAAGUAGCUUGCAAUCACACAUGAGGAUUCACAGUGGAAUCAAGCCUCAUCAGUGUGUUGAAUGUGGGAAAGCAUUUACACAGUCAAGUAGCUUGCAGUCACACAUGAAUACUCACAGUGGAAUCAAGCCCUAUCAGUGCACUGUAUGCGAGAAAAAAUUUACACUUCCAUGUAUUCUGCGGAAACACAUGAGGAUUCAUAGUGUAAUCAAGCCUUAUCAGUGUGUUGAAUGUGGGAAGGUAUUUACAAAGUCAAGUAGCCUGCAGUCACACAUGAGUAUUCACAGUGGAAUCAAGCCUUAUCAGUGCACCAUGUGUGAGAAAACAUUUACAGUUCAAGGUACUCUGCAGAGACACAUGAGGACUCACAGUGGAAUCAAGCCUUAUCAGUGCAUGGUGUGUGAGAAAACAUUUACACUUCCAUGUACUCUGCAGAGACACAUGAGGAUUCACAGUGGAGACAAACCUUAUCAGUGUGUUCAGUGUGGGAAAGCAUUUGCAGAUUUAAUUACUCUGCAGAGACACAUGAGGAUUCACAGUGGAGACAAACCUUAUCAGUGUGUUCAAUGUGAGAAAACUUUUGCAGAAUUAGGUAAUCUGAAGAUCCAUAUGAGGAUUCACAGUGGAAUCAAGCCUUAUCAGUGCAUGGUGUGUGAGAAAACAUUUGCAGAAUCAGGUUCUCUGCAGACACACAUGAGGAUGCACAGUGGAAUCAGGCCUUAUAAGUGUGUUGAAUGUGAGAAAUCAUUUACCCAAUCAGGUCAACUGACGACACACAUGAGGAUUCACAGUGAAAUCGAGCCACAUCAGUGAUCUGUGUGUCUAUUUUGGAAUAUGGAUGCGUGAAAAUCUAGAUUGGGGAGGUAGACAUGGUAGAGGGAUAUGUGUAAUUAUGUACCAGUAUCAUGGAACUACCAGCAUUGGUGUAAGUGUUUCGGCUGGUGGGUGGAGGGAUGGGGGUGAUGUGUAAAUAUGUACCAGUAUCAUGGAACUACCAGCAUUGGUGUAAGUGUUUUGGCUGGUGGGUGGAGGUGGGCUGGUGGAGGGAUGGGGGUGAUGUGUAAUUAUGUACCAGUAUCAUGGAACUACCAGCAUUGGUGUAAGUGUUUCAGCUGGUGGAUGGAUGUGGGCUGGUGGAGGGAUGGGGGGGGAUGUGUAAUUACGUCUUAGGGUUGUUUCAGCAUGUGUGUGAAUGCAUGAGUGAUAUGUGAUGGCUGUGUGUUUGUUUUUGUGUGUGUGUGUGUGUGUGUGUGUGUGUGUGUGUGUGUGUGUGUGUGUGUGUGUGUGUUUUUGUGUGUUUAUGUGUGUUUAUGUGUUUUUAUCAUAUGCCCUAUAUGUUCUAUAUAGUCAGUGUAUGUUUGACUGUUCACCCACUGAAAUGUAACUGUAAAUGUCAUUAUAACUGCAUUUGAACAGCAAUGGACAUCUCAAUACUUGUAUUAACUUCUUGUUCUUGUAUUCUACUAUAAGACAAUAAACGGUAUUAUAAGGGAAAA